UAAUUAUAUAUCCCAUAAUAAUCUUCAGAACAUUUCCUCCCAAAUCUUUAUUGAAAAUACAGAAGAAUGCCCAACUUCAAUUCAUUGACCCAAGCAUAAACAUAAGGUUAAUAGCCAUAGCAUGAUCUGAGUUACCUCUGGAGAGUAAUAACUCCUAUGAGAACUACAUUUGAGUAAAGGAUGACAAAUCACAACCAUGGCUCCUACGUAAGACGUCACAGAUCCAUAAUAAUAAAAUAAAAUACGGCUAUUUGGACAUUUAUCUGUGGGCAACUCAGGUGAGUGCGCAAAAUAAGGGUGUGUACUGUUAGUUAGAAUAUUUGUGAAACGAAUAAGUUCACUGGAUUUGACGUUUCUCUUAUUUUGUUACUCUUUCAUUGACAGCUGGAAUAUACAGAAAUCGGUCUUCCUUAAAUUGGAUGGGUGUUGAUGCAAUUGUUAGGGCAAUGCACAAUGUUUCAACAGAUAUUUGAUUCUUGAUUGUGUGAAUGUUAACAAAUGUCAUUCUUUAGGUUUUCUUCCCAGUUCACAUAUCAACAUGCAUAAUGUGACCGGGUUGUCGGGCAAUUCAACAUCUCCAACCAAUUUUCACGUUAUCAUCAAGGUGUGUGUGGUGGUUCCCUUCUUCUCCAUCUUCCUCUUCUGCAUCGUAAUCAUGCUCUACAUCUUCGCAUCUAACCGGCACUUCAAGGACAGCACUCGCUACAUCUUGUUUGCCUUCAUGCUGGUCAACGACGCCCUAGUAAUGAUGUUCUCUGUGCUGCUCUUUCUGCUGGCAAUGGGCCAAUUGAGGUUCCCCAUUGUCUUCUGUGCCCCCCUGCUGUUUUUCUCCACUGCUUCCUUCCUCAACACCCCUCUCAUCCUAGCUACCAUGUCAUUGGAGCGCUACGUGGCUAUCAUGUACCCACUGCAGUGCCCACCUGCGUGGCGGUCCGACCGCAUCUGGAUCAUCUUGCUGUGCCUGUGGCUCAUCAGCUGUGUCCUCCCCACAGUAGACUUCUCCAUAGCGGGGGCUCGUCACGGUGUGGACGUCCUCUCCACGCCCGUCUAUUGCAACUCUGUGGCCCUCAACUCUUCUCCCCUCCAGAAUUUAUUCAAGUUCUACAUAAACGGACUUUUCUUUGGGGCUGUGGCAGUCAUUGUCCUCUACACCUACAUCAAGAUCCUCCUGGAGACCAAGAAGAUGAGGCAGGACAGGGCCUCUGUGAACAAAGCCAUGCACACAGUGCUGCUCCACGGCUUUCAGCUGCUGCUCUGCCUCAUGGCCUUCAACAAUCAAAUUACAGAAAGGCUACUCCUGCUAAAUGCCUACUGGUCGCCCCGUGAACUCUACUUCUUCAACUACUUCUGUUUUAUCCUCAUACCCCGUUUCCUCAGCCCACUCAUCUACGGCUGGCGGGACAAGAGCCUGAGAGACCACAUGAGAAAAGCAACUUUCUGCUGCUCUUAUAGUCUCAGGACCCGUGGCACGCUGAAGCCAUCUAGAUAUUGA